GCCACUGUACGUCUGUACGCGCGACUUCCCCUAUCCCCUUAUCUUCUUUCCACGGGACGGGACACACGGCCUCUUCCUCCCCUUUCUCUCUCAGCUCUCCGGCCAAUGCCGCCACCCAUGGCGCUCUCGGUCUCCACCUCCACCGCGAACCUUCCGCGCUUCCCCGGACUCCCCCACCUCGUCGCACCCCGCGUUCGCUGCAACUCCUCCUCUUCCUCGCCCGCCCGCGCGGUCGCGGCUGGCUACGCCGCGAGCUUCUACGGCGGCGCGGCGGCGGCGUCGCGCACCCGUGACGAGGAGGAGGUCGGGGACGAGGAAGGCUUCGGCGGCGGCGGGGGGCUGGGUAUGUCGGCGUCGGAGGCGGCGCUGGCCCUGGAGGAGCGUGAGAUGCCGCCCUGCCCGCCCGGGCUGCGCCAGUACGAGACCAUGGUCGUGCUCCGCCCCGACAUGUCCGAGGAGGAGCGCCUCGCCCUCAUCCAGCGCUACGAGGAGCUGCUGGUUUCCGGAGGUGCCAUGUAUGUGGAGGUCUUCAACCGGGGGGUCAUCCCGCUCGCCUACAGCAUCAGGAAGAGGAACAGCAGGACCGGGCUGCCAUUCACCUACUAUGACGGCAUCUACCUCCUCUGGACCUACUUCACAAAGCCCGAGUCCGUGGAUGCCCUGCAGAUGAAGCUCAAUGCCGAUGAUGAUGUCAUCCGCUCCACCAGCUUCAAAGUCCGGAAGAGGAGAGUUUACUAAGAACAGGGCAUGUAAGAAGAUUGGUUUCAUCUGAACUGGACUUGAAAGCUCCAAGUUUUUUUUGGUUCGUGUUUAUAUAUAUCAUCUUGCAAGAAUGCUACUGCCCUGGGUGGUGAAUAUCUGCCUUCUCUAGCCAUUGUUGGGAGGAAAUGGUGUCCUUUAAUCUGUUUCCAGAAAUCCAUGUUCGUUUUUCAUACCAGACAUCAAGUUUAUGCACGUCUUGUGCUAGUUAUGGCAUCA